AAUUCACGUCGCUUGUCAACAGAAAACAGACGACCUUGGACGCAGCUAAGCAAAAGGAAUUCAGAAAUCUGCCAAGGAAAUUCAGUCAUGAAGUUUGCUAAAACUUUCUCUGCUAUUCUGGCCAUCUUCCUGCUUUAUACCACUGUAACAGAAGGAAUGUCCUUAGCCAGAUCAAUAUCAGAAUUAAGAUGUCGUUGCAUCAAUGUUGCAAAGCCAGAAAAACCUAUUAAAAACAUGAAGAGUUUGGAACUCAUACCCAGCGGCCCCCACUGCAAAAAUACUGAAGUAAUAAUUACUCUCAAAAGUGGAAGCAGUGUUUGUGUCGAUCCAUCAACCCCUUGGGUAGAAAAAUUGAUCAAGAAUAUAUUGGAAAAACAGAACAAUGAGGAAACGGUUUAAGAGAUUUCUUCCACCUCCCUUGAAGAUCACAUCUAUCCUGUCAGGGAUUUCAAUGUUGAGUUAUUUACUAUUUAUGUUAAUAAGAUUAAUUUAUUCUCUUUAUACAGUAGUUGUGACAUGAGCAGACAACACAUUGUGGUUUGGGGUUUUUAUUGUCUUCUAAGAGGGUUUCUGGGAAAAUAUAUUAAAUGUCUAUCCUUAGCAUAGGCCUUCAAUGUGUGACUAGAGGGGGUCUGAUUUUGUUCUGCUAAUUAGUGGGAUCCCGAUGGUCGGAUCUUCACAAACCAUGCAUUAAUGGCCUAUGGCCUAUGGGCCUAUGGCCGGUUGCCCUUUUAUAUCAGUAUCAGAGUAUGACAUUUGAUAAGCCAUGAUGGAAGCAUUAGCAAUUAUUGAGAAAUGAUUUAAAAUGGUUAACUAUGUGAAUGUGUCAUGCUCUGUAAUUUUUUUUGCCUAUUUAUUUAUUUAUUAAUAAAUGUCUUUUGAAUUCUGUA